CACCAGGUCAACACGAUUUCGCAACCACGCCUCCGACUCGCCAUAAAGUCGACACCCGCCCGCGGACGAUUAUUUAUUCUUACGAUUGGUCUCUCCAUGUAGAUGGCAGCGGCCUGUGCGCCCUCCUUUACCUUUUGACAUGAAUAAUCAAAACCUUCACGGCCGACCGGGCGGCGCGCCCUACGAUCGAGACAGAGAAAUGGAUGACCGACACCGUGCUAUCCAGCAACACGAAGAUAUGGUUCGACGGGACCAAGAAAGAGAACGAGAGAGAGAGCGUGAAGGUGAUCGCUAUCAAUCUCACCAGAGCAGCGCGGGUACCAUCCCCAUCCACCAGCCAGUUGCCUCGCGCAUCUCUGGCGCAAUCCACAGCCCCGGCGGGCUGCUGGCAAAUCAUAAUGGCAGUAGUUCUUCUAUGCCAAUAGGAGGACCUUCAGGGCCUAUGUCGGGAUUUGGAGGCUCCCAGGCCGACCACUCCCGUCACGCCCCUCCAGGACAAGGUAGCGGCCCAGCCCACCAGCCAGGCUUUGCACCUAUUUCGCAUUCACAACCUGGUCAGGGAGGACCAAGUGCUGGAGGCGCUGUCUUCGGCGGACCUCUCCAAGGCCAGCAAGCUCCUGAAGGCCAGCGUACCGGCUCACAAGGGCAACCGAUGAAUGCCGCUCAGGGCGGCCACCAAAUCCCUGGUGGCAUCACCCAGGGACAGCAACCUAUCCUUAACGACGCGUUGACAUAUCUUGACCAAGUUAAGGUCCAAUUUCACGACCAGCCCGAUGUUUACAACCGCUUUUUGGAUAUCAUGAAGGACUUCAAGAGCCAAGCUAUUGACACUCCUGGAGUUAUUAACCGGGUUUCGGAGCUUUUUGCCGGACACCCAAACUUGAUCCAAGGCUUCAACACAUUUUUGCCCCCCGGUUACCGAAUUGAAUGCGGCGCCGGCAACGACCCCAACACAAUCCGUGUCACAACCCCAAUGGGCACCACUGUGCAAUCCAUUGCCGGCCGCGGAGCCCCUGCGAUCGAGAGUCAUGGGCCAACAAGUGCCAGCCAGAGCGGCUUCAGUGACCGUGCUGGUCAGUGGCCGCAGCGCUCGCCUGAGUCCAAUUUCAAUACGCCGGCCCAAAACGGUGGAAGCCUCUUUGUACAGGCGGCCGCCCAAAGCUCAGCUUACGAUUCCGGCCGUGCCCAAGGAGCUGGCGGUGCCCCUCGCAACUCGCAAACUCCAGUACCAGGUGCUGGCCCUGCUGGUGCCAAUGGGAACGCCGCUAAUGCUGCCAACAUGGAGCGACGCGGACCUGUUGAAUUCAAUCAUGCCAUUAGCUACGUUAACAAGAUUAAGAACCGCUUCCAGGACAAGCCCGAGAUCUACAAGCAAUUUUUGGAAAUACUACAGACAUACCAGCGCGAACAAAAGCCGAUACAAGACGUAUACGCCCAAGUCACGACCCUGUUCAACUCUGCCCCCGACCUGCUUGAAGAUUUCAAGCAGUUCCUUCCUGAGACAGCCGGUCAAGCCAAAUCUACUCCUGGUCGCCUCGACGAAGGUUUAGGCGCUGCGGGACAGAUGGCCCAGAAUCGCGAUGGCCAGAAGAUGCCACCUCUAGGUAGCUUUGCUCCUCCAAGCGCUACUAAGGAUAAGAAGCGCCAGAGAGGCGACAAACCUGGCACGACUGGAACCCCCAUCUUGGAAGCUGCAGCUGCAGCUCGCAUCGCGCAGCCCAGUCUGAACGGCCCCAAGCGCCCCAAGCUUAGCCAUGCUCGGGCCACUGGUGAUCUUUCGAGCAUUGAGCCAACUUUGACUCCGGUUAUGCCUGAGCCGUACCCACCAAAGACUUCAUCGACAUCUACACAGGACGAAAUUGCCUUCUUUGAGAGGGUCAAAAAGUUCCUUAGCAACAGAUCGUCUAUGAACGAGUUCCUUAAGCUGUGCAACCUGUUCUCCCAGAACAUUAUUGACAGAAACACUCUCUUCCACAAAGGAGCCCUCUUCAUUGGUGCCAACCCGGAUUUGAUGACGUUUUGGAAGGCUUUUGUUGGUGUUGACACUCAAGAUGUCAUCAUUGACAACCAGCCAGCACCUCCCAGCGACAAACUCUCUCUUAGCAACUGCCGUGGCUACGGCCCAAGUUACAGACUCCUUCCAAAGAGAGAGCGCCUUAAGCCAUGCAGCGGCCGUGAUGAGCUGUGCAAUUCCGUCCUCAACGACCAGUGGGCCUCGCAUCCUACUUGGGCUAGUGAGGAUUCUGGUUUCGUUGCGCAUCGCAAGAACCAGUUUGAAGAAGGUCUGCACCGCAUUGAAGAAGAGCGUCAUGAUUACGACUUUAAUAUUGAAGCCAACCUCAAAUGCAUUCAGCUGCUUGAGCCCAUUGCGCAGCAAAUGCUCGCCAUGGUUCCGGCGGAACGUGAGAACUUCCACAUGCCUGCCGCUCUUGCUGGACAAAGCACUUCGAUCUUCAAGCGCAUUUGCAAGAAGAUUUAUGGCGAGCGAGGCAUCGAUGUUGUCAACGACAUGUAUAGCCAUCCUUUCGACGUUGUCCCAGUCCUGCUUGCGCGAAUGAAGCAAAAGGAUGAAGAAUGGCGCUUCUCCCAGCGCGAGUGGGAGAAGGUUUGGCAUGCGCAAACGGAGAACAUGCACCUAAAGAGUCUCGACCAUAUGGGUAUCCUUGUCAAGUCUACUGAUAAGAGACACUUGACAGCCAAGCAUCUCGUUGAUGUCAUCAAGACCAAGCAUGAAGAGCAGCGCCGCGAGCGCGCUCUCAAGGGCAAGGCUUCUCGCCAUCAGUUCGUCUGGGACUUUAGUGAUAAAGAUGUUGUUCUUGAUCUUCUCCGCGUAAUGAUGCUCUACAGCAUGCAUAACGGGCAGCACAGCACCCAAGAGAAGGAGAGAAUCCUUGAAUUCUUCGAGACCUUUGUUCCCGCAUUCUUUGAUUUGGCUGAGGAAACUGUCCAGGAGCGGGUGCCUAGAAUGCAGCCUGAUUCUGGUGAAGAGGAGGCUGAUGACUCCACACCUGCAGAGCUCUCGAAUGGCCGCAGUCGCCGCAAUGGCAAGAAGGGAGAUCUCCUUAGAGGGGUGCUUGAUCCCGGACGCAACGGCAGCCGCCCCAGAGGCCAAAAGGAGGGCAGCGUUGCUUCGGAGAGUAAGGAAACGACGCCUGACGUCGGCUCAGCCAACGAAGAGGAGAUGGCUGACGCCUCUGAAGACGCUGCUGAGAUGUCAAACGAGCGAUGGAUGCCAACUGUGCCGAAGCCCGUCGUUGUUGGCGAUGAAGCUCUUCUUGAUGGUGACGGCGAGCUCAAGGCUGAUGGUUUCUUCAGCCGCCCUUGGUACAACUUCUUCUGCAACCAGACUCUUUAUGUCUUCUUCAGCAUUUUCCAUGUGCUGUACGAGAGACUGGUUGACAUUAAGGCGAGCUCUGCUGAUGUCCCCGCCCAGAUCGAGCGCCUGCAAAAACCCAAGCCUGCGAGAGACAUUGGUUUCACUGAGAACACAAUGACAUUCUUCACUGCGAGCGACGACCCUACCACCUUCUGGCCCAAGACUCUUGAGUUGAUCGAAGAGUAUGUUACCGGCGACGUCGACGAGAACAGAUACCAAGAUGUUAUGCGUCAUUACUAUCUCCGCAAUGGAUGGAAGCUCUACACCAUCCAGGAUCUCCUCAAGACCAUGUGCCGUCUUGCUCUCACCUGCAGCAGCACCGACUCCAAGGAGAAGACUCCUGAUCUCAUCCAGCAGUACUUGAAUGGCCGCGAUAAGGAAGAGACCAGCUACCAGACCGAGAUCAGCGCGAGAAAAUUUGCAGAGAAGUGCGUAAAGGACGGCGACCUCUUCGUUGUUUGUUGGUUCCCUCAAAAGUCAGAAGCUACAAUUCGUUGGCUACAGCGCGACGAUACCACCUUCUAUAUGGACGAAAUGCAGAUGAAGGAGCGCUGGCAAUACUACAUCUCUUCUUUCAUCCGCGUCGAACCCACCGAAGGCAUCCCGCGCUCUAGACUCCAAAAGGUUGUCUUGACACGAAACCUACCAGCUGGUGAUGCAGAGUCAGAAGACGACCCGAUGCCUAAGCCGCUAUCGUACAGUGAGAAUCUGAACAUCAGCAUCUGCCUACGAAGCUCCAAGAUGAUUUGGACCCCUGGCACCUCGGAGUACUUCAUCUACGACCAGUCGCCCAAGACUAAGGAGCAGCGAGAGCGCCGUGAAAAGUUCACCAAGGCUCUGUCGAACUGGCGCGAGAGCAAGCUCCUCGAGAAGAUGGUGCACAACCCUGCCUGGACCAAAGACCUCAGCCCUGAGGAGGUACAGGAGCAGAACGCGAACUUUCGCAAGUGGGUAGAAGAGGGUGUUACACCCCCUUCUGCUGAGCAGGAUGUCGCCAUGGAGUAGAGUGGGUGGCGGGAUGAGUAAAUUGGCCCCCAGUUCUUGACCAUUCUGCUUUUGCUGCUUGCUCAACACCAUCCGUUUGUAUUCCAGUUGGCUGUUUUAUAAUUUUUGUACUUGGUGUUGCAAACGUGCUCAAUUGUCUAUUACCGUCGGUUAUUAUAUGGUUCCACGGGGGGAAGGGAGGAGAAUAAAGGUGCAAAAUCGGAGCUGAAAUUGCUGUAAAACCUCUUGUUGAGCGUCGUUGGUGUUCUUUUAUUCUUUUGAUAUUAUCGCUGGUUUUGUGUUAUACUUUCCUUCUGCUUUUUUCUCACAUUGUUACUUUUUCGCGUAUGUCUUUUCUGUUGGUAUUAAAGAAUGACAUGAUCAAUUCUCUGCCUAGUACAUUGCAAGAUUUGGAUAGUGAAAUGUGCAUUCAAUUUGUCAUAUUAUGUAUUUUGAUUUUGUCAUGAUUAUAUAUAACGCCAUACAAGGGCACUAGUGAAGUUAAGAGGAAGGCGACGUACUUCGUCUUCCCAUAACACAGUGCUUUUUUAUGUUCCACCAAAAAAAUCAGCUGCUUUACAUUCUAGAUUCGCGUAUCGUCCUGUUCUCCUUAUCGAGUCAUUGCAAGUUCUCAAUAACGAGAGCGGAGGCACCACCACCGCCAUUGCAGAUACCAGCAACGCCAAUCUUGGCACCCUUCUCCUUGAGGACGGAAGUGAGGGUGGUGAGGAUACGAGCACCAGAGGCACCCAGAGGGUGGCCAAUGGCGACGGAGCCACCGUAGACGUUGACCUUGUCAGCAGGAAGGUUGAGGAGCUUCAUGUUGGCGAGGGCGACGACGGAGAAAGCCUCGUUGAUCUCGUACAAGUCGACAUCGUUCUCGGUGAGGCCGGCGUGCUUGAUAGCCUUGGGGAUGGCGGAAGCGGGAGCAAUGGUGAAUCGCUCGGGCUCACGCUCGGCAUCGGCCCAGCCAAGGAUCUUGGCAAUAGGCUUAACACCGAGCUCCUUAACCUUGGCCUCCGACAUGAGGACGACAGCGGCGGCGCCGUCGUUGAUGGGGGCAGCGUUGGGCGCGGUAACAGAGCCAUCAGGCUUGAAGGCAGGGCGCAUGGCCUUGAGCUUGGCCUCGUUGAGGUUCUUGACCUCAUCGUCGCGGUUAAUGGUAACGUUGGGCUUGCCGCGGCCGCCGCUGACCUCAACGGGGACGAUCUCCUUGAACAGACCAGCCUCAGUGGCAGCCUGAGCCUUCUUGUAAGAGUUGAUGGCGUACUCGUCCUGAGCCUCGCGAGUGAAUUCGUGCUCAACAGCGCAAAGCUCAGCCUGGAGACCCAUGUGCUCCUUCUUGUAAACGUCGGUCAAGCCAUCCUUGAGGACGCCGUCGACGAGAGUCUGGUCACCGUACUUGGCGCCGUUGCGGAGGUUGGGGAGGUAGUGAGGGGUGUUGGACAUGGACUCGGUUCCGCCAGCAACAACAACGUCAGAGGUGCCGAGCAUGAUGUUCUGGGCACCAAGGACGACAGCCUUGAGAGAAGAAGCGCAGACCUUGUUCACGGUAGUAGCGAUGGUAGUCUGGGGAAGACCAGCGCCCAUGGAGCACUGGCGAGCAGGGGCCUGGCCAAGU